AUGAACGAUUUCGACCAGCGUUUGCUUGAGUUCCAUAUCGCCAAUUUGGAAUACUGGCUUGGCGCGCCAAUUGGACAAGUUUCGCAGAAGGAUUGGCACUGUGCCUAUGACUUUCAGUUCGAAGGGCCUCAUUUAGUUGAAAGAGUAGUAAAAGUGGGCAAAUGCUUCCUGUACAGUAAUAUCGUGGAUAAGGCGGCGGUUCUCAAAAAAUCAAUUAAAUACCGCUGUAUUUGUGAAGGGCAUCAUCUUUUUGCGCGCAUCUGCCCAUAA